GAUUCGGAUGUCGACCUUACCUGUGGCAGUAUCUCCGUCCACUGUUCAUUUGUCUUAGAUUUGGCAAAAUGGAAAACACUUCGUGCGGUACUAUUUACAAGGUGUCCGGUCCCUUGGUCAUCGCUGAGAACAUGCCUGGGACUAAAAUGUUCGAGCUUGUUCGUGUGGGUAAACGUGAGAUUUGUGGAGAGAUCAUUAGGAUCGAUGGGAAUUCCGUAUAUAUCCAAGUCUACGAGGACACCUCUGGGUUGCGUGUUGGUGAUCCUGUGAAGAACACUGGUAUGCCGCUUUCUGUGGAGCUUGGUCCUGGUGUUCUCGAUACUGUUUUCGAUGGUACUCAGCGCCCACUGAACAAGAUUUACGAGACAUAUCAGCAGUAUGCGGUCCCUAUUGGUGUGAAUAUGGCAUCGCUCGAUCGCACAAAGCUGUGGGAAUACACGCCAAAUCCUAGUAUUACUGUUGGUUCCAUGGUGACCGGUGGUGAUAUUUUUGGUACUGUUCGUGAGAAUGACAUUUUCUCUAAACACCACAUAAUGAUACCGCCAAAUGUGAGUGGAAAGGUUACGUUCGCUGCUCCUGCUGGGCAGUACACUAUUGAGGAACCACUACUAAAGCUUGACUACCUUGGUGAGGAGAAGGUAUGCAAGAUGUAUCACGUCUGGCCUGUACGUCAGGCAAGGCCGUUUGUCAAGAAGAUCCCUUCAACGAAGCCGUUACUAACGGGUCAGCGUGUAUUGGAUGCUUUUUUCCCAGCUGUUAUGGGUGGUACUUGUGCUGUUCCCGGUGCCUUCGGUUGUGGUAAAACGUGUAUAUCUCACGCCCUGGCUAAGUACGCUAAUACUGACGUUACUGUCUAUGUGGGAUGUGGAGAGCGUGGGAACGAGAUUGCGGAGGUGCUUAAAGAGUUCCCUGAACUGAAGACCAAGGUUGAUGGCAAGGAAGUGAGCAUUAUGAAACGCACUUGCUUGGUGGCCAAUACUUCAAACAUGCCAGUGGCCGCCAGGGAGGCUAGUAUCUACACUGGCAUUACCCUAUGUGAAUACUUCAGGGAUAUGGGAUACAACGCUUGUGUGAUGGCUGAUUCCACCAGUCGUUGGGCUGAGGCUUUGCGUGAGAUAUCAGGUCGUUUAGCUGAGAUGCCUGCUGAUUCAGGUUAUCCCGCCUACCUUGCUUCUAGGCUUUCGGCGUUCUAUGAGCGUGCUGGUACAGCUGAGUGUAUUGGAACACCACUUCGUGAAGGUUCAGUUACCAUUGUUGGUGCUGUAUCUCCACCAGGUGGUGAUUUCUCAUGUCCCGUCACUUCGUCAACAAUGUCCAUUGUCCAGGUGUUUUGGGGUCUUGAUAAAAAGCUGGCGCAGCGUAAGCACUUCCCUUCGGUUAACUGGACCACUUCAUUCUCUAAGUACGAGAAGCAGUUAGAGCCUUUCUUUGAGGAGAACUGCCCAGAAUUCAUCCCUUGUGUCAAGGUACUUAAGAAUGUGCUUCACAAGGAGGGUGAGCUCCUGGAGAUUGUGCAGCUUGUUGGUAGGGACUCGCUAUCUGAGGAUCAGAAGGUGACGCUUGAGGUGGCCAAGAUAAUUCGUGAGGACUUCCUCCAACAGAACUCGUUUACUGACUACGAUUACAAGUGCCCGUUGUACAAAACUGCGGGUAUGCUGAAUUGCAUAGUUACCUUCCACAACGAGUGCCUGAAGGCUAUUGCGGAAUCUGGCAAACGCGGUAACAAGUUGGGUUGGGGUACUAUUUACAACACCAUGAGGGCAACUAUCAACAAAAUCACUGGUCUUAAGUUUAUGGACCCGUUACUCCCCCAGGAAGAGUUUGAGGAGGCUUUCAGGACGAUUAUUGACGAGGUUACUUCGGGCAUGCGCCAGUUGGUCGACAUUUAAUUAGAGGCUAAUCGCCUUGAUUAUAUAGUAUACAUUCAACAACAAUAAAUUUUUUGUUUGUUCAGC